AAAAACAUGUUGGGCCUCCAAUUAGUUGGUCUCUCUCCUCUCUCUCUAAUCCCCAUAUAAAUACGUACCCUAAACCCUUCUCAUCGCCUUGAAGUUGUGCUUUCCCUUCCCUGUAAUUGUGAAUCACCCCGCUUUUGUAAAGAAAAAAAGAUGACUGGGGAAGAUAGUGUAAGCCUUGAUCUUCUGAAGAAGAAGAUGGAUGAUUUUGCUAAAGAAAGAGGGUGGGAGAAGUUUCACAGUCCAAGGAACCUUCUUCUUGCUCUGGUGGGAGAAGUGGGAGAACUGUCAGAGAUUUUUCAGUGGAAAGGGGAGGUGCCAAAGGGUUUGCCAGGUUGGGAGGAAGAAGAAAAAGUGCACUUGGGUGAAGAGAUUUCUGAUGUGCUGCUUUACUUGGUCAGACUCUCUGAUAUGUGUGGCAUUGAUCUUGGUAAAGCUGCCCUCAGAAAAAUGGAGCUAAAUGCUUUGAAAUACCCAAUUCCCAUUGAUAAUAUUCCCACUAAAGAAAAUGGAAAUGCUAAAUGAUUACGACUCUCGGAUCAGCUGUAAUGCAUUUCUUGUGCUAUCGUCAGAGUAAUUACUAUUAUUAGUUUCUCAUGUACCAAAAAAAUCAGAGUAAUUAUUAUUGACGUUGUGAUUGUAUUUAAAAGAUCCUACCGGAUUAUGUCAUUUAUAAUAGAAAAAUAUUAAAACUAGUUUGGUUACGAUCAAAUCAGC